GUUCGCGCCACCGUUCUUCAAUCAUGGCUGUUGAAUCCGACAAUAUAUGCAUCUUAAAUUAUUGAUUAUCCGAGAACAAGGCAGCGUUUUAUUCCUAAUUCGAAGAUCAUUCCUCGACAGCAAGACUGCUGAUUUGUGCAUUUGUUUUUAUGAAUUCGAAUUUGCAGGUUGAAGGUUGUACAGUAGUCCAUUGCGCGGCCUCUUCACAUGUCGGAAGACCAUGGUUGCCAGGAGUUGAAAUUUGAUCAAAAAUAUCGUAAUAUUUCGACUCUGUUCCUUCUCUAUAUAGAUUCUAACAAUUAACAAAAGAGAACAGUGCGUGCUUGUUUGUUUGCUUUAAUUUGAUGCUGAUGAUGGAGUAAUGGUUUGUUUCCAAGUCGACCCAUUGAUUUGUUUUCGGAGAGCAACUUCCCUUUGAAUCUUGGGAAAAUCGAAGGCGGAGUGAAUUUUUUACAUUGGAGCACGGUAGAUCGCCCCGACGCGUGGAGAUUUUCAAAUUAUCAAGAUAUAUAUCAAGAAUCAACACCAUCAAUAUUGAAGAACUAAAUCAGUAUGUUUUGGAAGUUCCAUCUCGGAUCAAGUGGAUUGGACACUCUGCUUGCCAAAGAGGAUGUUACAUUAAAGGAAGUUCUGGAUGAAGAAGAUGUUCUCCAAGAAUGUAAAACUCAAAAUUCAAAACUUAUCGAAUUUCUCAGCAAAGAUGAUGUUCUGCGAGAUCUUCUAGAUCUGGCCAUAACAGAACCCCCGGAGGACGGAGAUUUAAAGACUCAAUUCAAAUAUCCAAAUUUAGCAUGUGAAGUGAUAUGUACAGAUAUAGAUGCAAUCAUUGAAAAACUUGUUUGUGAGAAGAGCCUGUUGGAAAAGUUAUGGGCUUUUCUAGAUCAAGAUCCGCCAUUGAACCCUUUAAUUGCCAGCUUCUUCGCAAAAAUCGUUGGUUCAAUAUUAAUGAAAAAAGGAACAGAGGUCUUUGAAUAUGUUAAAGAACAUGACGUCAUCGAUAAACUGCUAAAUCAUUUGGAGGUUUCUGCUAUGAUGGAAGUCUUUGUCAAACUCAUGUCCAUUGUCGAUUCAAGUGAAAUGAAAACGAAAAUGGAGAAUCUGCUGGAGGAACAAGAGCUGGUCCAGAAGCUGAUCAUGCGACUUGGGCCUCAGUAUUCGCACGAGAUGCACAGCAACUCCUCAAACCUUCUAAUUGAGCUGAUACGAAUGGGUAGAGAGGCUCCUUCGCAAGUUCCUGACCCCGAAGACCAAAGCGGACUGUUUAGUGUAGUAGAAAGGGAGGAUGUGUUAUCUGACCUCAUAGACAGAAUACUUUCUGAUCGUGGCAGCCCUAAUGCUGACUCGUCUCUCGUGAAUGGCAUGGAUGUCCUGCUCUCUCUAAUUGAAUUUAAAAGACCAAACCCAGAAGGACUAGAAGAACUCUUCACACCUGUUAGCGCAGAAAAGAUUGCACAAGGAAUCCAGAGUGCCCUCAAAGCUUUAAAAUCACGGUUAAAAGAUUUCCACGCAUUGUUAGUUGAACCGCCUCCGCAAAGCCCAAUGCUGUCAACUGUAGGCACACUCGACCCACCGUUAGGAAGGGUUCGACUGCAUGUCGCAUGGUUGAUAUCAGCUUUAGUAGCCACCAGUUCUCCGGAUGUAAAUAGCGAAUUAACAGAAUUAGGAACCUUAAACGUUUUAUUGGAUCUAUUUUUUGAUUAUCAGUGGAACAACUUUUUACAUACCUACGUGGAGCACUGUAUUAGUUCGAUUUUAUGUAGCAACACAGAAGAUGAAAGCAACCCAUUACUAACACAUCUUUUAUCCGAUUGUUCCCUGAUAACGAAGAUUAUAACCGCUUGGGAGGAGAAUGAAGCACGGCAGUUACUUCCUGGCGGUCAGCGAAGGGGUUACAUGGGACAUUUGACUCGAAUUGCAAACAGUUUAGCCGCAAAUAUGGAAAAAGGACCCAACUGCGAGUUACUGCAAUCACUUUUCAACGAUUUACCAGAAGAAGCACGAUCCAGCUGGAAGGAACUCGUUGAAGGAGCCCUCAAUGAUGUAAACGUUAAGAAUACCACACAGAUGCAAUUUAGCUCUCCAAUGAUGCAUUCCUCUUCGGAAGAUGAUGAUGAUGGUACUUUCAAAUCCGUGCCAAUACUGCAAUAUGAAAAUUCGUUACAACAGGCCUUUUCAAAUUAUCAGGUCCAGCAGAUGUCAGCGGAGUUUAUCGAGACCUUUGGUCAUAAUGAGGAUGAUCUUAAUGAAAUCGGCAAAUCUGAUAACCCGUUUGAUGAAAUUGGAAACGUCGAUUUCUCAAUUAAUGCUAAUGAAGAAACACCCGAUGCGCAGUUGUUUGAAGCUGUUUGUAAUGAAAAAAUUCGCCAGUUCGAUGAUAGCGGAAGUGAUGAAGAGUGUUUCGGGAGCUCGCAAUGGGGAAAUGAUUCUAUUGAUGUUUGGGAAGAAAAAGAGCUGAAAUACUCCCCCAAAGCAAAUAUGAAACGAAGACCUGCGGAGAGUAACAGUGACGAGUCUGAUAACAGCAGCGAUGAGUCAGCUAGUUCGAGCGACGAAGAGGCUGUGUUUGCAGACGAGGUCAAACGAAAUAGCCCCUUAAUCACUGCAAAAUCUGAAAACAAGGACACAAAACAGACAGAUGAGAAUAUGGAUAUUGAAGCAAGGUAUUUCGCCUCAACUUUGCUCCAAUCACUUCUAGAAUGGACCGCUACUUUUGAAGGUGAAGCAGUUGCCAUGGAUACUUUAGAUGCCGCCGCAGUUGGUUGGGUAGAUUCGGAGGCGACCUCGGUUGUCGAUGUUGCCGAUGAACAAGGGUUCGCAGAUUUCACGGAUAUCACGAAAUUCUCGUGUGAUGAAGAUGCGGACAAUGUAAAAGCCGGACCAGAGUCGCCUGUUGCCAUGGAUGAAGACAGCAGCGAUGCAUUUCGACUGGAAUCAUCGAAGAAAAGUGAAGACAAAGCUGAAAAUGAAGAUGAUAAAAUGGAGGAAGACGUAUCCGAAGCGGAGAAACCUGAUGACAAAACAUCACCCAACAGCAAAGGUGACAUUCCUAGGAUCGAGACAACAUUAAAUCCAGAGACAGAAGACUCAAACGAGCCAAGCAAACAAAUGGAGAAAGAUGUCGAAAGCAACUCAGGAACAAAAGAUGAAAACAAGCAAUCAAACAGCAAAAAUGUCAAAGUUGAUGUUGUGGAGUCUGGUGACGAUCCUAUGCGUGUGACGUCACAAGUUGUAGGUGGCUUUGUUGUCAUCGAUGCCUCGGUCCCGGAAGUUGAGAAGGAGAAUCGAAAUGAGUUACCUGCAGCUAAACCGAACCAGGAAGUGAUGUCAUCAAAAAAAGAAGCCCAUAGCCCAUCUAAGAGUGGUGUUUCAGUUGUAACCGUGUCGAGCUGCUGUCUUAAUUGGCGUUCUUUUUAUUCCAAUAACAGACAGGUUAUCAAUAUAAGUUCUGAUGGGACAGUCGAAUCACCGCGAUCACCACGAUCACCGAAGAAAUCAAAGUCACCAAGCAAGCCAAGGUCACCGAGAUCACCGAGAUCACUGAAAUCAACGGAAUCAAGUCAGAGACUUUCACCAAGGCAGCUAGAUACGAAGAGUUCAGAAGUGUCAGAACAAAGUGAGGUAAACGCGGAAGCCACAACAAAUGGACCUGUUUUGACACUAGAGGAUAAUGGAAAUUCGGAAAAUUCUGAAACGAGCAAAGAUUCGUUGACCACGUCAAGAUGUGAAAGCAGCAAUGUUGAAUCGUGACGUCACGAUCAGCUGUGGUAGAUUUUUUCAUAUGCAGCUGAGGGCAGCAGUAGCCCUUUCUCCAUACACAAUCAAAACUAAUCUUAAAUGCGAUUUGGGGCGUUAGUUAAUUUGAUAAGAAUUAUUCUCUGAGCAUUUGACAGAGAGACUGUUGCUAUGACAAUUGACCCCGCCCAUAACGAAGAAGUCAAGCCUUGAGGAUUGUUGGAAAGUUUAACCAUGAAUACCAGAACGUUUGCAGUUGAGAGUGGAAUGUAUGCCAAUCUUUGGAAAUUUUUUCAAUACCCUUUUUAAUGAGAACUUUGUUCAUGCGAAAUACGGUUUUUAGUAACCCAUUUAGCAUAAUGUCCUUUAGAUUAACUGGCUGUUGUAUAAACACGAAAAGCUUAAAAACUGCGAUGAGUAAGGUUGUGAACUGUUUGAUGCUAGAGGUCUAACUUCCCAAAAAUUGUGUGAGUUACAAGGUGCACUAGAAGGUAAACCUGCUUUUCCUUCCUUGCCAUCUCGCCCUUCUCCUCCCCCCCCCCUUCCCUAUUCCCAUUGCCUAAGAAGAAGCUUGGUUUCCACGCAUAGGCUCUCAAACUGGCAGUAGGUUUAAAUUUCUGGUAACUUCUAUUAAUCCACCCAAAGUAUGUCAUCAAAAUCUUCCACUGAAGAACCAAAAGUUAAUGUUUUCUUUUUUGUGUUCCAGAGCCUUCCUUAAUCUCCUCUUACCAAGCUAUGCUCACUAGUAUUUUCCACUGUUAGAUAUCCCAUGCCUUGGAUAUAUCGAAGUGCCUGCAAGUUGCUUUACAUUGCCGUUUAAGAGCUCGCAGUAAAAUUUGAGUCAGACACGUACUGUGUCCUGCUUUGCAGUUUGAAUAUCUGUCUCUGCUCUUUUUGAUCAGUUAUUUAGAACUCUCACUCUAAAUUUUCCAGAUCGUAGACGUUUUAAGAAAUGGCUUGUCAUCCAUUGCCACUCGUAAUGUAGGGGUUAAGUAAUCUUGUACGCUGUGUAUCGCUAAGUUACGCCACGUCUACUAUCGCGACUUCGCAAAGCAUUUCACACGCAACACAUAUAGCCGUAUCCUUGUAAAACCAUGGGCUGUUCCUUUACCUUUAUGCAAAUGGCUUACAUGUCUGCAACUUUUUCCAAAAAUUACGAGAAUCUAUCACCUUGAUUUAAUUCAAGUUUUGUGUCAUUUUUACGAAGUUUUCUGUGUUUAUGAUGAAAUGCUACAAAAUUCUAAUUCAAACAACCGACCAGUGAGUUAUUUCUUCAUUUUGUUCUUAAAUUUUCGUAAUCUUAAAAAUUCCAAACAAUCGGAUUAGAGUGCACUAGCGUUUGGAGCAGUGAAUUGGGUUCUUUAAAGGCAACUAUCAGAUCCUCAAGUGGCUUGAGCCAUCUACCAAUCAAUAUCAGCCUAUCAAUAGUAUGAUGCUCACUGAUUGGUCAAUUGUUGAUUGACAGGUUGCUGCAACCACUUUGGUGGCUGUCAACUGAUUUUAAGCAGACGUAUAGGGUAACCCUUGCUAUUAAUUGCAAUCGAAUCUCUUUUUCUGCCAGCCAGCCUAAAUUGGCGCCUUUACAAGAGAGAAGCCUAAACCCUACUCCUCCUGUCUCUGUGUCAUAAGCUGAAAGGUUUCUAAUUAGUUGAGCUGCUUAAUUCGUUUGAAACCAAUUUUUUUAACCAAUUUAAUCUAGACUCUUUGGCAAUUGUUGGGCUAUUCCAGCUCUCUUUCUUUCCCACGAGAUUCUUUAUAUGGAAAUCAUGUCUGUCGAUUAUAGGAUUUUUAAAUUUAACCUUCUUCCCCCUUCUGCCCCUCACUGGUAUUUAGAGUGCCCCCCCCCCAAAAAAAAUAAAGCCGCCAAACAUCAGCUUGUUACCCAUAUGCUCAGAUUUCCUUCGUAACUACGUUAAUGUUGGACCACCUCAAAAUUUGAACCCUAAAAAUGGCUCAUUAAAUGAAGAAAUAUUGCCAGCUAGACUGAAUGAGAUGAACCUGACGGCUGUGAGUAUUGCCGUUCUGCCUAUUGAAGCUUCUAAGCGUAAUGAAUAACUAUGGCCGGGUUAGUGUUGGCGCAUCUAUCUGAAUGCCUUUUAUUAAUAUUUUAUAAAUCUCAAUUAUCAUGUUCUCCUUAUAAAACCGCGCGGUGUAUUAAAAGGUACAAUUUGCAAACAUUAUUGGUGUAAAACUCUCUUGUACUUUCUAUCAGUGGCAUUUAAGAUGAAAAUUGUGAUUUACUGAAUUUAGGAUAAUAACCAACAUCUGUCUUUGUGA